UCUCGGGAAUUCUAUCAAUAAGAAUUAGUCGUUAGUUAAACGAUGAUAAGCAUUACACCUCGCUUUGAAGGAAAAUGAUUCCAGUUUUCUCAAGGGAAUUUACGAGACGUAAUUUGUCGCGAUUGGGACAAUUAUAUUUGCACAAUAGAAGAAAGUAGCACUUGUAUCAAUGAUAUGCAAUCCUGCUGGUUUGAUGAUGAUUUUCAGCUUUGCGCAACGCCUGGCAUUUAUGGAAGUCAUCAAAGGAGAAGAACUCAACCAGUUCAUGGCUAAUGACGUCACACCAAACAUUUAAUGAUUAUCCUGCCAAGUUUAAUUUGUCGGCUAUAACACGAAAUGACAAGGUGAUGUUUCUGAAAGGCAGUUCAGAAAGCACUUUGUUCUACCAAGACAAAUAUGGCGACCGGUCCGAACCUUUCCUGUGCUUUUAUUUCUCAUACCUGAUGCUUGGAGAAAGCAAAAAGUCUUUAGAAGUUGAAGUAAAAAGCUUUGGAGAAGGGAUCAGUCCAGUUUGGUAUGUUAAUAAUAAUGUCAAUGGCCGCUGGCAUCUAGGAAGUGUACCUAUUAGGUCAUUGCGUCCUUAUAAGAUCAUUAUACGAGGAAAAACUGAAAGCGCAUCAGAUGCUAUUCGUCUUGGCUAUGCAUACAAAACCAAGAAACUUUGUAGGGAAGAUGACCGGCAGCUUAAUCACAUUUGCAAGAAAAACAUCACCUCAGGACCAGGAUUCAUCGCUUCUCCAUAUUAUCCACUUUACUUUCCAAGAAACGUUUGUUGCACCUGGUACAUCAAAGCACCACAAACUCACGUGGUUCGGUUAACCUUCAAUUAUUUUGUUGUGGGCUUUUCACGCACUUUUAAAGAAAACUUCAUCGAGAUUUUUGAUGGAGACUCAAAAGAAGGAACAUUACUCGGGAGAUUUUGCGACUACAAAACACCGAAGUUUCUCCAGUCUCAGUCCAAUUUCAUGACAAUUAUAUUUAAUUCUGUUUCAAAAAAUCAGGCGAAAGGCUUUAAAAUUACUUAUGAAUUUAUCGAAGUUCGCAAUUAUGCCAAGUUAUGCACAAAGACGACAAAAGGAUGUUCUCAAGGCUGUACGUGUCAACCAUAUUUAAGUGCAGAAGGCAGAAGAAUUGCGGUGAGCUGCGAAUCSUUGACYGACUUGCCAAGCAAGAUGCCACAARAAACAUCUGCUUUGUAA